AAGAAGAGGUGUUGCCGACCUUCUAGCUCAGUUAUUGGUUGAUCAGUGGGAUAUUGUAAUCGAUAGUGACUUAAAAAAAUGAAUAUUAAAAUCCUCUCCUUUGUGGUUGUCCUCCAAGUGACCACCGCAGUCCUUAGUGCCCCAGCAGAACCACUGUACGUGAAUCCGUGUCUGGGAAUAACGACCGUUCAGAAUGUGCCAAAUCCAGAAGAUUGCUCCCGAUUCUACAUCUGUAUCAACCAGCAGCCAUUCCCGGGAACAUGUGCCCCUGGACUAAUCUUCGACGUGCUUACGAUGGCCUGCAACCGGGCAGAGGAUUCCGUCUGUAUCGUGGAUCUGCCAUCACCUCCAACGGCAGCCCCAGCCAGUGAGAGUUUCGAGAAUUCUAAAUUAGUUCGAUAGCUUAAAGUCUAGUUUGAAAACGUGAUCAAAAUUUCCUUUCGUGAAUCGUCUUAUUUAUUCAGAAUAAAAUUAACGUUAUUGUUUUAAUAUUCUACUG